CAGCGCCUUUGGGAGUUUAGCUUUCAAUCUAAUUUUUCAGCACAUGCUCGACAGCAGGUCAGUCAAAUAAUUUUUCUUGGCGAGUAAAGGCGUUUUGUUUAAAGUCUGAGGUUUAUUGUGAGCACAGCUACUCGAAUAUCAUAAACAUACUAAGGCAACUUCUGCGUUUUUUGUUCGCCAACGUUUCUCUGCGCCAAAUUGUCCAUCGAAGAGCUUAAUAAUCCCGAAGUCCGCUUUCCAUCGCCGUAAUCUCUUCAAGCACCAUGGCUGAUCUUAUGCGCUAUCCGCCGGAGCGCCACUAUGGCUUCCGCUGCAGGAACUGCUCGAAAUCCGAGUUUUUGGGCCGCCGCUACAGCUGCUUCUUCUGCGCGGACUAUCAUGUGUGCGGCGAGUGCUACGAUGCCAACCGGCUGCCGGAGGCUCCUCAGCAUCUGUACUACCAUCCGCUGAGCGUGUACUAUACCUUCGCCGAGUACCAGUUGUACUUCGGCGGCGAGCCAUUCUACGGCGACCACAAAGUGGCCCAGAGCUACAAGUGCGCCCUGUGCGAUGAGCGCGGCCUGUCCACCGCCAACCUGUACAAGCACCUGCUGCAGUCGCAUCGCACCCACCGCGACCACAAGGCCUACCUGACAUUGGUCAAUGCGAUCUAUCUGGCGCACAGCACCUUGGGGCAAUCCCUGUUGCAGGCUUCCGGCCCAACGCCCUCGGUUCGAGCACCGAAUUCAGCAAGCGCUCGUGCGCCACCAGGUGGCACUAGUUCGCAAAACGAACAGCGACCCCAGCAGCUCUUUGAGGCCGCCUUCAACCUGGCCAUGAUGGUUUUGCAACUGGACACUAUGGAUUCCACAGCCAGCGACUUUCCCGAUCGCUGCCAUGAGAUACUGCAGCAGUCGGAAGCUCUGCUUGUCCAGCACAGAAACUCCAGAUUGCCGGACAUUGAGGCAAUUGAGUCGUACGUUCGCGUCAUCGAAGAUCAGGUGGUGGCUAGCAUGGCCGAUCGUCGGCGUCGUCUGGGCGGCUCAUCCGGAUCUCAUCGGCCGGUCCGCUCUGGUGCAAUCGGUCCUGGUUCCAGUGCAGCAUCAGCUAUUGGAAUGCGGGCUGCCACGCCCGUUUUGGUUGACCGGCAGACGACAAUGGUACGCAGACAGACGACUAGGCGCACCGGAGAGUCCCUCGGGAUGGCCCUUCAAUCGGCGGUGGCUGCGGCUUCAGGCAGCGGUAAGGCGGGAUCAGUGGUAGCCAAGCAUAGGCAGGUUCCGGCGCAAGUGAAGACGCAAGGUUGUCAGGCAACCAAGAAGAUUCCCGCAGUCAUUGUUUCGCCCCUCAAGGAUAAGCGCUUUCUGUGCGCGAAAUUACUGGGGGAUGAAAAGGCAAAGGGCUCAAAGUGGGAAACCAAGUUGCUUAAAGCCAGUUUUAUCGAGGCCAUAUUCUGCUCCAUGCUGGCGGACGAAGAGCUAAUCCAGCUGCCCAGCGGUCUGCCCUGGCCUGUGAAUUUCUUGACGGCCACACAAGGGAUGUUCAAUGCAGUGGAUCCGUCAGGCAAUUUAAAACCAAAUGGCGAAGUACUGCUGUACCCCGUAAAACCCGUAGAGUUGAUGGAAAAAUUCUACAGGGGUCUCGCUGACUACGAAACUUGGAUGGGUAACCAGAACGUCCCAGCGGAAAUGACAGCCGAUAGGAGGGCAAUUGAAGGGUCUGUCGAGGGCAGCAGCUCGCCUGGUUUGAACGAUAUUCCCUAUGCUGAUUCCGGCUCGGAUGAUUUGGAAAGUGGUAAUAGUAAUCAGUCUGGGAAUGAAGCGGUCGAUGCUUCUGGUGCACCAGAGGAAAAGGCCAGCGGAUUGCCUGUCGAAGAAAAUGAUGAGGAUUUAGACGGAUUGGAGGAGGAAGAGGAGAGCUGCGAGGAUGAAAACGGCGAUGAGGGCGAGGAAGCUUCGGGUUCCGAAUUCUCAGAGUCGGCCGUUUCUCAAAUCGCCGGCCUUAUAGACAUGGUCAUGCAGGAGGAAUAGAAGGAUAUCCCAGGCAUCAUUUGUAGAAAAUAUGUCUCGGUAUUUUC